AUGGGAGCCGCAGUGUUCUUCAUCACGCUCGUCCUGCCGUGGGUCGUCGCCUCGCCGGCGUCGGCAGCAUCCGGCCCCGCCGCCGGUAGCAGCUGCACCAGCCGUUGCGGCAACAUCAGCAUCGCCUACCCGUUCGGCGUGGAGCCCGGCUGCUACCACGACGGCGGCGGCUUCAAACUCACCUGCAGGCAGCAGGGCGAUCCGCCGUCGCCGGGGCUGUUCCUCGGCGACGGCACUGUGCAGGUGACAGACAUCUCUGUUCCCAGCGGCACGGUGCGCAUCAAAAGCCGCCGAAUGGAGUUCGGGCAAGGACCCUACUCGCGUGGCCGGAUCACCACCGGGAGUGUGACGUGGGGAGGCGGGCUCCCAGAGGGCGGCCACUUCUUCCUGUCGGAGUCGACGGGCAUGGUGCUGGUGAUAGGUUGCAACAUCCAGGUCGACGUCCAUGUCCAUGGGACUGAUGUGGGAAGUAAUUACUAUCGCUAUCGCGACACGUUGGUAGGUUCCUGCACUGCUGUCUGCCCAAUGCUCAGUGCACUUAACCCCUACAGCUCUGUUUUACCAUACCCGUAUUUGCCCAACGGUAGCUGUGGUGGCCUUGGCUGCUGUGAGGCAAACAUCAUUCUGGGUUACUCUUUCUACCGCAUCCAGAUCCAAAACCGCAGCAUUUCAUCGCCGGCUUUUUACGCAACCAGUCUUAGCAAUGCUGGUAUCUACAUAAUUGAUCGGGAUUCUUCUACGUAUAAUAUUGACACCGGUAGCCUUAGUCUGGACGGCGGUCCACCAGUUACCAUGGACUGGGUCAUCAGCGGUGCCCAAUGUCCGACGACAAACAAGUCCGCUGCCGAGUGCCGUAGUGUCAACAGCUUUUGCCUAGACUACAGUACCCAUGUCGGCCACCGUGGGUAUCGGUGCCAUUGCUCUUAUGGUUACGAAGGCAAUCCUUAUGUCCCCGGUGGAUGCCAAGACAUUGACGAAUGUAAAUCUCCAGACAUAUACCAUUGCUAUGGAAACUGUCUCAACACACCUGGGAGUUUCACUUGUCAGUGCUUUCCUGGUUUUACAGGCAAUGCUUCUUUCCCAAAUGGAUGCAAAGGUUUAAGCAUCGGGCUGGGAGUCGGUGGUGGAACAAGUCUUUUGCUUCUAGCCCUUGGUGCUCCCUACAUAAUGCGUAAAAUCAAGCUUCAAAAGCUCUUAGGGUGUUGCCUUGAGACAGAAGUCCCAUUGCUAGUUUAUGAGUUCAUUUCAAAUGGAACCCUCUGUCAUCAUCUUCAUGUUGAAGGACCAGUGUCACUACCAUGGCACGAUCGGAUGAGGAUAGCAGCCGAGGUUGCCAAAGCGAUAUCCUAUCUGCAUGCAUCUGCUUCAAUGCCCAUAUUUCACAGAGAUAUUAAGUCAUCCAACGUACUUCUUGAUGAUGCUUUAACUGCAAAGGUUUCAGAUUUUGGAGCUUCUAGAUAUAUCCCAAUAGAUCAGACAGGAGUGACUACAGCAGUUCAAGGAACGAUGGGUUACUUGGAUCCAAUGUAUUAUUACAAUGGACGAUUAACAGACAAGAGUGAUGUUUUCAGUUUUGGUGUUCUUCUUGUAGAAUUGCUUACUCGAAAGAGACCAUAUGUGUAUAGGUCAGUUGAUGAUGAUGGUCUUGUUUCACAUUUUGUUUCGCUGCUAGCAGAAGGCAAACUGGUUGACAUAUUAGAUCCUCAAGUCAUGGCGGAGGAAGGUGGAGAAAUCGAAGAAGUAGCCACACUAGCAGCAAUGUGCACAAAAUUGAAGGGAGAAGACAGGCCUACAAUGAGGGAAGUGGAGAUGGCCCUUGAAUGCCUGCUCGUUAAGAAGAGGCAGGUUCAAUAUAAUGGAACACGACAAACAAAUAGUGGGGAAACUGCCGGUCCUUACAUGUCAACUGACCGAAGAACUAAGGAAGCUAGCAGGCAAUACACCAUGGAGGAGGAAAUGUUGUUAUCAGCGAGCUUUCCCCGGUGA